AGUUCCCACGGUCCCACCCGCGCCCACGACAUCACCUGCGGUUCCAACUGUGCAAGACAUACGCCGGGGAGGGAGAGCAAUCCAACUGCGGGGGUUGCUGACGUCGCCGGUGAAGGAAUCUGUCCACUUGACGAGUCACCACCUCGGCACCAAAGCUCCUACAUUCCGGCGAUGCUCGAUUUGUGAUGAGAUGAGUCUUGUGACUGAUUCUCCUGUACACUCAUCAAGCAGCGAUGGAUUUGCUGCAUAUCUUGAUGCAGAACUAGAUUCUGAUUCUUCUGACGUUUCACCGGAGCAGGAAGCUGAGGAUGACGAGCAGGAAGCUGAGGAUGAAUCUGAUUCUGAGUACAAGAGGGUUAAAAGGCAGAAGGUAGAGGAGUUUGAAAGCAUAGAGGAGCAUCCAGGGUCAACUUCAGAUGGAUCCCUAGAGCAAAAUCUAGAAGUAACCAUCACAAAGGAUACAUGCACACAUCCUGGCGUUUUUAGAGAAUUGUGUAUACGUUGUGGGCAGAAGAUGGAAGGUGGUUCUGGUGUAGCAUUUGGGUACAUACAUAAGGAUUUGAGGCUUGGAAGUGAUGAAAUUGCUCGAUUACGUGACACAGACUUGAAGAAUUUGUUACGCCAUAAAAAGCUUUACUUGGUUCUUGAUUUAGAUCACACACUUCUUAACUCAACUCGGCUUUUAGAUAUAACACCAGAGGAGCUGUAUUUAAAGAACCAAACGGAUCCUUUGCAAGGUGGUUUGAAAGGCAACCUAUUCAUGUUGAAUACCAUGCACAUGCUGACAAAGUUGAGGCCCUAUGUACACACUUUUCUGAAAGAGGCAAGUAAAAUGUUUGAGAUGUACAUUUAUACGAUGGGUGAACGCUCCUAUGCUUUGGAAAUGGCAAAGCUGCUCGACCCUGAGAGAGUGUACUUCAGUUCUAGAGUGAUUUCACAAGCUGAUUGUACCCAAAGACAUCAAAAGGGUCUUGAUGUGGUGUUGGGGCAAGAAAGUGCUGUUUUGAUCCUUGAUGAUACAGAAUCGGUAUGGCAGAAGCACAAAGACAACUUGAUACUGAUGGAAAGAUACCAUUUCUUUGCUUCAAGUUGUCGUCAAUUUGGCUUCAAUUGUAAAUCUCUUUCUGAGUUGAAGAGUGACGAAAGUGAGCCUGAUGGGGCGCUUGCAACCGUUCUUAAAGUUCUCCAGCGGAUACACAGUAUGUUCUUUGAUCCGGAACUUGGGGAUGACUUUUCUGGCAGAGAUGUGAGACAGGAGGUGAAAAGAGUUCGGAAGGAAGUUUUGAAGGGGUGUAAAAUAGUAUUCAGUCGGGUUUUUCCCACCAGAUUCCAGGCUGAGAAUCACCAUCUCUGGAGGAUGGCAGAGCAGUUGGGAGCCACAUGUGCAACAGAACUUGAUCCAUCAGUCACACACGUGGUCUCAACAGAUGCGGGAACGGAGAAGUCACGUUGGGCACUGCAGGAGAAGAAGUUUCUGGUCCAUCCUGGCUGGAUUGAAGCUUCAAACUAUUUUUGGCAAAAGCAACCUGAAGAGAACUUUCCCAUCAACCAAAAGAAGAACCAAUAAUCUUUGCCUUCCUCUUUUGGAGUUAACCCUUUCUCGUAACUAACAAUCUGGAGGGCUUUGAGUCUUUCCAACAAAGUUAAUUCUAGUAAAUUCCAGUACUUACAUUGACACUAAAUAUAUCAAAGUUAAUGCCAGAAAUUAUCCAGAUUGGAUGCUAGUCAGCAUUUUAGUUUCAGCUCAAUCUUUGGUAAAGAAUGUUUUAUGAUUAGUGUUAGCUUUUUUCUCCAA